AUGCCAAAGGGGAAAGUUGCUAUUGCUAAUAAAUCAUUUAAGAUGCUAUUCAAAAGACUCUAUGCCACUACAGUGUCCACUAGACUUUCUUCAGCACUCAAAAAUACAGACCUCAUCAAAACGAAUGCUUUUGUGAAUGGGGCAUGGAUCAAAAGCUCACAAGGCAAAAGCUUUCCUGUGACAGACCCUGGAGCCGUAUCCGGGUCCGGAUCAGUGGGCGCUAACCCCGACUCAGAUCCACACUUGGCAACAGUUCAGUCGAUGGAAGCGCAAGAUUACAACGAUGCCAUCAAGUAUGCAGAAUCAUCAUUUAACGAGUUUAAGCAUACUUCAGGUAGAUAUAGAUCGAAUCUUCUCUACAAGUUGUAUGAGUUGAUGCAUGAGAACAAAGAAGAUUUGGCAACUAUGAUUACAUUGGAGAAUGGUAAACCAUAUGCCGAUGCUCUUGGUGAAGUUACUUAUGCCGCUUCCUUUUUCCAAUGGUUUGCCGAAGAAGCACCUCGAGUUUCAGGUGAAAUUAUCCCUUCCGCUAACUCAAGUAAUAGAAUAUUUGCAAUGAAACAGCCAAUUGGUGUAUGUGGAAUAUUAACACCGUGGAAUUUUCCGCUUGCUAUGAUUACGAGGAAAUUAGGAGCGGCGAUUGCAGCAGGCUGCACAACUGUAAUUAAGCCUGCUUCCGAAACACCUCUUUCGGCGCUUAGUUUGGCUUAUUUGACGGAAUUGGCAGGAUUCCCUAAAGGCGUUGUUAAUGUGUUGGCGAGUGAUGAUGCAGCCACAGUAGGAAAGUUGAUAUGCGAGAACCCAAUAAUUAAAAAAGUCUCAUUCACUGGGUCUACAAAUGUUGGGAAACUAUUGAUGAAGCAAUCAUCGUCUACUCUCAAAAAAUUGUCGUUUGAGCUUGGAGGAAAUGCCCCAUUUAUUGUAUUUGAAGAUGCUGACUUGGACAAAGCAGUCGCUGGCGCAAUUGCAUCAAAAUUUAGGUCAAGCGGUCAAACAUGUAUUUGUGCAAAUAGACUAUUUGUCCACGAAUCCAUUUACGAUGAGUUUUCCCGCAAGUUUGUGGAGAAAUUAAAAAGAGAUGUUGUGUUGGGACACGGCUUGAAAGAAGGUGUGACUCAUGGUCCAGUAAUCCACGAUAGAUCGAUGCUGAAAGUAAGAAGUCAUAUAGAAGAUGCUUCCGAGAAAGGUGCCAAAAUCCUUCUUGGUGGUAACAAACGUCCCGAUCUUGGUGAAAACUUCCACGAACUUACAGUGCUAGGUGAUGUGACACCAGAUAUGUUGAUAUUUCAAGAAGAAACCUUUGGUCCUGUGGCUCCAUUGAUCAAGUUUUCUUCAGACGAGGAAGUCAUUAAUAUGGCUAACGAUACUAGGGUAGGACUUGCUGGAUAUUUUUAUUCUACAAAUGUCAGUAGAGUGUUCAAAGUGGCCGAAGCAAUUGAAGUUGGUAUGUUGGGAGUUAAUACGGGUGCCAUAUCUGAAGCAGCAUUGCCUUUUGGAGGUGUCCAAGAGUCUGGUUUUGGUAGGGAAGGAUCAAAAUUUGGAGUUGAUGAUUAUUUAGUUAUUAAAGGUGUAGUGUUGGGUGACAUUGUCUAA